UCUAGGUCUUGCAGGAAAUUUAAUCAAAGCACCAUCAAUAUCAAUUUUUAACAAUGUUUGAAAUAAUUGUAAUAGCAUCAAGUUUUUCUUGGUUCUUUUUUGUGAUAGGAGUCCGAUUGUUUGCGGACUACUUGCUAUUUUGAAGAUAGUGGUAGACUACCAUACCACCGAGAGAUGCCGGGAGGAGGGGGACGGAAGAAGCCCUUCAGUGGGAAGCAGAAGAAGGCACAGCUUCAAUCCAAGAAACAGGCCGGUCUCCACCACCCGCAACAUCAUCGGGCCGAGCUGGGUGAGGACGACGACAGGGGUGAAACAUCAUCGACCAUCGUAAAACGCCCUGCACACGGUAUCACUAGUGAAGAUGGUCUUGAAUCAUCCAAAUUCUUUGAGAACAGACCUGCCCCCUCCAGGAUGAACCCUGGAAGGUAUGCACUCAUGUUCCGGGCAGAAACUAAAGAAGAAGUGCAACGUUUAAAAAAUGAUGCGAGAAAACCCAUGCAUCCGAUCGACGAAGAAUAUCUCGAGUGUGCAUCUGAUGAUUUUUAUACGUCGGAACUAGACUUUCCAGUCAGACCUGAAUGGAAUUAUGCACUCAGUCCAGAUCAGUUGGAGAAAAAUGAAGCUAGAUAUUUCCAGGAGUAUUUAAGGAAAAUUGAUCAAAAGUAUGAAAGAAGUGACCUAAGCUAUUUUGAGAUGAAUUUGGAGACCUGGAGACAAUUUUGGCGUGUCUUGGAAAUGUCUGACAUUCUCCUCUGCGUGGUAGAUAUUAGAUUUCCACCACUCCUAUUCCCACCUCGAUUGUAUGACUACGUUUGCAAGACUUUAGGAAAGAAUAUUAUAAUCGUGCUAAAUAAAAUUGAUCUCUGUCCAGCCCCAUUGGUAUUGGCUUGGAAAGAUUACUUUACUACAACAUACAAAGGGCUGCAAGUCGUCUGCUUCACUUCUUUUCCAGCCUAUAAUCUACACGGGAACUUGGCUGAAGGGGCUAGUGGAACAAUGAAAAAGGCCCGAAGAGUUAGAGGAAGACUACGAAUGGCUGCAGAAGGUGCAAUGGAAGUGUAUAAAGUUUGUGAAGAGCUUGUGAAAGGGCAAGUUGAUCUUACGAAAUGGAAACAAAAGAUCUCUGAUGAGAUGAACAUUUCAGAUGAAAAUAGCGACGAAUGCAAAGCCGCUGAUAUAGACAAUGUGGAAUCACUGCAAAAGCAAGACACCGGAUACUACGAAUUCAAGCAGUUUCACUCGGGUAUACUUACAAUUGGAUGUGUGGGCCAACCCAACGUUGGGAAAUCUUCGUUGAUCAAUGCUUUGAUGGGGAAAAAAGUCGUGAGCGUGUCCAAGACUCCUGGGCACACAAAGCAUUUCCAAACUAUUUUCCUUACACAAAAUGUCCGGCUAUGUGACUGCCCUGGUUUAAUUUUCCCGUCUAAAGUCCCUAAGCCCUUGCAGGUGUUAUGUGGGAGCUAUCCUAUUGCUCAGUUGCGAGAACCGUACUCCACAGUUCACUACCUCGGACAACGGAUUGAUCUGGCAAAGAUGCUUGGAAUUCAACACCCUGAAGGAAAAGAUGAAACCGAUUGGAGCGCUUUCGACAUAGCUGAUGGAUGGGCCUUAAAACGUAGCUACUAUACUGCAAAAGCGGCCAGAUUGGAUUCAUAUCGCGGAGCCAAUCACAUUCUACGUUUAGCAUUGGAUGGUCGUAUUAUAAUUUGUUUGAGGCCAAAGGGGUACACAUCACGAAAAGAGGAAUUUAGUAAUGAUCCCAGAAUUGAGGAAAUUUUGACAAUUCAAGCAAAAUCUGGACCUGCAUUGGAGAAGGUGGAUUUCAAUCUGUCAGAUACCGAUGACGUGGAUGAAGACAAUGACGUUCAGCUACCACCUGGUUUUGUUCCAGCUGAGGACAACGACUCGGAGCACGAUGGAAAAGGAAAGCAACUGUGUUUAAAAGAAAGGGCAAAGCCGACAAUUCAAAAUAAGUUUGCAAUGCUUGGCCAGUUGGAGGAUGACGAUGAUGAUAGUGAUUAGAUCCUGAUUUUCAGUAUAUUCCCAACCUAGAUACUUAUCUGCAAUAUUUGUUGAAAACCUGAUUACCAGCUCAUGACGAACUAAUGUAAUUGAUUAUUAAGUUACUAAUAAUAGAAAGAUUGUACGUGUCAUGUAUAUAGAAAUACCAUGCACAAGUAAAUUAUGCAACUUUCCGGGGUAUUCUAAAUAAGUUUGGGUAUUCUUUCUCUCAUGCUGACAGUUUAUGUGUAACAUUUUUUUAAAAACUUUCUACACUUCGGUAAGCAAAGUCUCUGCAACUUACCGGUGAUUUUAUAAACAUGGGUCAUUCUGGUUAAUUUUGUUAAUUGUAGCGUGAUAAUAAUUUCAACUAAUCCUGGAGACAUAUGUAUACUCCACAUAUAUGCAUGUAUAAAACAAAAAUAAUUAAAUAACCUUGCAUUGUACUUAACUACAAAUAAUCGGUAUAUUUUUUUAUUAAACAGUUGUAUGUAAUGAUACAAUAAUACAUGGAAAAAAUAAAUGCAUAAACUGGUAACGUAUUUAAUGAUGCAGAUAAAAAAAUAAACAAUCGACAAGUCAAA